AUGCUUCUCUCCUCAAUUAGCCUCGUAUGCUUGUUCCAAGGCAUCUUGGCACAGACAACCAUCAUUACUGGAGAAAACAACAAGAACUGUCCUGGCGUUCUCAACAAUCCCUCUGAUAACAGGGCGUACUGCUGCGUCGGCGGCAAGCUCGACCUCAGCACCUGUGAAGGGUGGCCCAUCUGCACUGGCAGUUCUUGGGAACCCAAGUCAAUGAGCUGCUACACCACGAUCCCUGUCUCGGCAUCCGACUAUGACUCGCGUGUCAAGAGUGCAAGCUCGAGGUACCUGAAUGGUGCCGAGGCAUCGGCUACUGACGAUGCGUCGUCCGCAACUUCAACUGGUGAUGGCGCCAAAGACACGGUUUCGAAGACAACCACCAAGGGAAGCGCGGAACAAACGGCUUCGGAAACGGGCUCUGCGGCGAGCUCUUCUCAGACGGGCAACGCUUCAAACAUGAAGACGCCGGGUUCGGUGGGUGGGCUGUUGGGAGGUUUCAUGGCAAUGUGGAUGAUCCUGUGA